CACAUGACCGCCAGACUUGUGCUGGUUACUUCCGGUUCCUCGGCUGUUUUUCUUGCGGGAGAAAGCAUCUGCUCUGCUAUGAUCCGGAUCCUGACAGCCCGGGACUAGAGAGGAGACACACACCGGGGAACACAGCGUUCAACUUGUCCGUUACCGUGUUCACCUGUUCCCAAAACUGUGGAGAGAUGACCACCGGAGGGGCGGGUAGCUUGUUGACUGGAUACACUGACUAACACCGCCCUUCCUCUCGAUUAACAAAAGAACCAAGCGCAUCUUUUUGAUCUGCUGGAAGAGACUAGCAGCGAGCGGUGGCUAAUUGACAUUAGCUCCCCUUUCCAUAACACCAAGCCAUCGAUAUGUCAAAAUACACAAGCUUUCCAGAGCCAAUGGAGGACCCCAACCCUUUCCAGGACCCUGCAGUGACUCAACACAGCAGCAACACGGGUUAUGCCACACUGGACCUUUACAACCCGUUUGAUAACACUACUGGGCCUGGGCCUCCACCUCCGUAUGAAGCCACCUCUCCCUCUGUUCCACCUGUGCCGGCUCAGACUCCCCCCAGCAGGACGACGCCCACUGAGCCUCGCAACUAUGGCUCCUACACCUCCCAGACGGCAGUGAACGCGACCACAGCAGAGCUGCUGAGGAAGCAGGAGGAGCUGGAGAAGAAAGCCCGGGAGCUGGAGAGGAGAGAGCGGGAGCUCGAGUCACACGCCCUGGGACCCGGAGCCAACCGUCAGAAUAACUGGCCCCCGCUGCCAUCGUUCUGCCCUGUGGGCCCCUGCUUCUACCAGGACAUCAAUGUGGAGAUCACGCAGCACUUCCAGCGCACCGUCACCAUCAUGUACUACUUCUGGAUGUGUGAGUUCCUCUAACCUUUACUCUGCACU